CACCUGCCACUACUUUGCCCCCAGAUCCAAGAUGUCCACCCCCCUGGAGCAGGCGUUGGCUGUGAUGGUCGCCACCUUUCACAAGUACUCGGGCCAAGAGGGUGACAAGUUCAAGCUGAGUAAGGGGGAGAUGAAGGAUCUUCUGCACAAGGAACUGCCCAGCUUUGUGGGGGAGAAGGUGGAUGAGGAAGGUCUGAAGAAGUUGAUGGGCAACCUGGAUAAUAACAGUGACCAGCAGGUGGACUUCCAGGAGUACGCUGUUUUUCUGGCCCUCGUCACUGUCAUGUGCAAUGACUUCUUCCAGGGCGCCCCGGACCGGCAUUGAAAUGGAGUUCUUGACUCCCUGCUAUUGGCUUCCUGGGCCCAGGAGGACUCUCUCUCCCAUUUAAUUUUGUACUCAAUAAAUGUUUUUGUUUGUUGGUAAUA